CCCGCCAGCACAGUCGACUCGACUUGUUUAUUUUGGGCUCUGGAAAGCGGAAUUGUGUUGCGACGACGACAGUACCUCCGUGCAACGAGAGAACCGUUUUCGAUGAGCGCGUCUCGCUAGAAUCAAAUAACAAAAAGAAAACCGAACGCAAAAACUCGAGGGACGACAGCCACGAUUUAACCGUACGGGGGUUGUGUGUGUCGUCGCGAUGUCAGAGCGAUGUGCGAGGUGGGUGGCCGGCGACCGUGCAACCCUGUAGCGGAUGAAUUCGCCAAUUUCGACGGACGGCUACGGAAAUGUGCGGAUCGGGGUUAUUUUGAAUCAGCUACUUUACCGGGGGUGUUAUAAUGUUGGGAGUGCUUAAGCGCCGCUGGAAACCGAAAAGGUCGAUCAGCGGCUCCACCAUCCCGACGAACGACACCAACUCCUUGGACGGCUUCGAGCGCGGCGAGAAGACGCAGCUGCGCGGCCACCAAGUGCACCCGGUGCUCGAUUCCCAGGUGCUCGUCUGCUACGAGAAGCAGGGCGUGCAGGAGCGCGAGACGACGCCGCCCGCGCCGCAGAACUGCUAUCCGCUGGUGCCGAACAUCUGCGUGGAGGCGGGCCGCAUCCAGUUCAUCAAUCAGGAGCAGCAGGACGGCGGAAACGGCGCCUUGGCGCUCAACGACGUGUCGCCCACGGGCGGACGGGUCACCGUCACCAGGGGGCAGCAGACGGACGAGGAUGAGGACCAGAAGGCCGCCGAGGCGGAGAACAAGGAAAUUCAGACAUUUUUGGAAUCUCGAAUAGCGGAGCUGGAAUCGGUGCUGGAGGAAGCCCAGAAACGCGACCUGCGCUACAGACAGACCAUCAGGAAGCUCCAGAAGCAACUCGAAAAGAGGGAGUCGGCGAAAAAAGAUGCGGACAGGGAGAGACUGUUGCAUGCCGAAAGCGAAAACAGGACCAAACAGGCACUGCUGGAAGCAGCACGAUGUCGGUCCAGACUCAAACUCCUCACUAGCGAAUUUGCCAGGAUGGAGGAAACAGUUCGUUCCAUGUUGGCGUACAAAAAGCAAGUGGAACAACUCAAGCAGGAGAAGGCUGCCAUUACACUUGCAUACGAGAAUCGUUGUCAGCAAUAUCAAAACACAAUCAAUCGAUUAAAUGCCGAAAUUUCGAACCUCCGCGAACAACUAGAGGACAUGGCCAGGGAAAAGAAUCCGGAUGGCAUCAUCAACUCCCAAACCAUGGCACUACAACGGCACGCCGAAGAGGCACGUAAACAAUACGAAAGGUGCCUCGAUGACGUCGCCAAUCAAGUCGUAAAAGCUCUACUAGCCCAAAAGGGCCUGAAAGAGGAAGUGGGAACCUUGAACAUGAAGAUCAAAGAGCUCGAAAAUCAAAACAGGGCUUUGACGUCCAUCCUGGUUCAUCAAUUGAGAGGUGAAGCAUCAGCAGGAGAUCAGGACGUCGCGGACGGCACCGAAAUUGUGAUAUCCCCAGAAAACGGGAGACAUACUAGUCUGAAACACUGUAACUCUUUUAAUUCCGAAGUGCUGGAUGAACAGCCAGUGCGUGAGGACCAAUGUGAUACUCUGAAAAACUUAAGUGAGAACAAUCUGAAAGCUUUAUCUUAUGAAGUGAUGGAUACUAGAUUAUCGUUAGCUGAUAAGAAACGGCACCAAGUGCUUACGAAACUAUGGACGGAAUUAAAGGGGACUGAAAUCACACCAAAGAAACUCAUCGAAGCCCUGAACAACGUGGAUUCCGCUCUUUGGGUGCCUCCAAAGAGGCCCGUCUCCCUCAACCUCCACCUGCCGAUAUUUCAGGCCAACAAAAGCAGACGCAUUCGGCCAGUCCUGGCCCAAAGCGUGAGCAAAAGCGAAGAAGAGAACACCGGAAGUGAAAGCCCGGAAAGUGGAAAUCGGGACGAGGGCUACUCCACCAUGUCGUCGGAUGUUCAAGACAUGAAUCGUGGCGUCACCGACACUACGUUGCCGAGGAUGUGCCUGGAGGAUUUAAAGGAGGCCAGUGACGAAGCGGACCAAGAAAACAGGCUUCUAAUGCCGGAAAACGAGCCCGACAUUUUUUACAUUCCCUUCAACUUGUUGAAAUUUAGUCAAAGAAAUAGUUUUCCUCCUGGAAAAGACAUUCUACCGUUUCAACAUGCAAUGAGGAGUUUUUCGGACUCUCACUUGUGUAUCAAAAUCACAACAGCACCGACUCCAUGCUACACAUUCAGCUCGCCGAUCUCCAGCAGUCCUUCUAUCCUACUACUGGACAUCAGCGAGAAACCGAUGAAUCCUCUCCGUCGGACAAGAUGUACCAGCAAUCUGUGGGAUUCUUGUCCAGGUUUCUCUGGUCUGGAAAAGACCGAUGACAAAGCCUCGCAACUGUCGUGGUACAGCACCGACGAUCAACUUGAGUGCACUAACUGGGACUCUGAUUACAUUCAGCAUUGGCUCAGGCUCGAUGAAACCAGAUCAACUGCCCAGCAACAGCAUAGAGAUAUGUUAGAGCUGGAAUACGAUAAUGCCGAACUGGAGGACUGGAGCUUGAGCCUGUCCAGCGAUGAUUUAAGAGAACAGUGGAAGAAGGAGGCUACAACUCCUGGCCAACUGUCCGUCUCCACUUUACCCAGCAUUCAAGAAAAUAAUGCUUUGGAACUGGAGGAAGACAACAACGAGUGUCUUUGGAACAACUCGAGUUAUAUGGUUGACAAAGAAGGAAGGGAACUUGUAACAUUAUUAAUGGACACCCAUAGCGGUGAAACUCAAUGGCCAUACGUUGUAUCCACUCAACAAGUUUCGCCAGAUAACAGUUGGUCCAGCGGCUCGGAUUGCAACUCCUUUGAGCCAGAUACCUGUUCUAAACGUUCCUCUGCUGCCUUGAGUGGAUCCAGCGAUGAUACCGGAGAAUUACCCGGAGUUGGGACUGAUUUCACGAGAGAUUUUUACAGACUGGUAAAAUUCGAGAGUACCAAAAGUUUGGCCUCAACGUCUUCCAGAAGUCUUGUUGGAACACUCAGCGAAAACGGCGACAGAGAAGCAACGUUACAAAAUGUAUUAUCAUUCAUAGCGGAACAAACGAAACAAGAAUUAAAAUCCAGACCUUGCUCCUCCAACGACAUAACCAAAGAGUUCAAUAUUGAAGGACCAGCUCAGAUAUUCGGGGAGAUGAAGAUCAGCGACAGCGAAUACAGUAUUCCUAAGAGCGAUUCCAAAUCCAGCAACAACGAGAACUACGUCACCUUAAAACAACUUUGCGAAGAGUUCACCCACAAAAAAGAAGAGACAGUCAAUGAGACCAUCAAGCAAAACAUCACGUAUGCUGAAGAGAUUUGCUUGGUCACACCACUGGACGUGGAGAGCGAGAACUGUUCGAAUAUCGGUGAACAUCCUGUCGAUAUUUGCAGCAGUGUGAAUGUGGAACUAAGCAACGUGGAUUAUCAGGAAGGUGUGACCUGCGAAGAUGACAAGGUUUCUACGGCACUAACCACCAGUGACGUUUGCGACACUUACAGCGAUCUAUCGCUGAACACCACGAGCGAAUCCAUGACUUCUAGUGUCAGCACACCCGACACCAUCGUAUCCAAGAUACCCAGGAGGAAAACUAAUGUGUCUAGAAUACCGGUUAGUCCUUCCAGGAUUAACCACAACAAGGAAAACGUGCAGGAAUCCAACAUACCAAAGAGCAAAGUGCAACAUAAGUUCGCCAGGCCGAAAUUAAAGAAAAUCGUGCAUGUGCAACAGCAGAGUCCUCCACAGCACGUCAUCACAUCGGAACGACUUCCACAGAGCACCUCGGGUGUUCUGAGCAAUAUCAUUGAAGGGCCGCCUCAUAGGGCUGUAAGCUUUCACGAAAGAGCCACUUCUAAGGACGUGAUUGACGAGUUGAAUCGCAUGAUUAAGAACGGGGAUGAACCGCAAGAGACGACCGACAAAACUGUAACAGAUAGAUUGGACCAAGCGUGCAGGCCAACCGGCUGGGUUCAUCUGGAGAACGACAUUGAUUUGGAGGAUCCCAAGGCGAGAGCAAAUAUUUUGGAUUCAAUGAUGACGUCAGUUUCAAGUGAUUCGUCUCCGACUUCCUCGUGUGGCGGGAGCAUUGCCAGCGAUUCUGUUGAGGAACCACCAGCGUACAGCCAACUCCACCAAAUUCAUAAAUAUCAUAGGCAAAAGAAAGCCAACGCGACGAGACCGGAACUGGUGGUUGUUAGGGCGAACGUGGGCGGCAUCAGGCCGACCAUAAUCGGAAGGUCCGACUUUUUCGUACGGUACGGCGAGAAGGAGCGCGAGGCGGUCGCCUCGUUCGACUUCCUCAACGAGCUGAGCGGUUCGACGUCCGCCAGCAACGACGACGAUUUGGUGUAAUCAUAUUUUUGUUUGUUGUUUACUUUUUCGAAAUUAUAAAAUGCAAAUAGUAAUAAUCAAAAGAAGGUUUUGUUGAUACCUGUUAUUCUAGUAUUAAUUUUUAUUUAUUUGAAAAUUGUGAAUAGUGUAUAUUAUACUUUAACACUUAAAUUAUUAUUAGUUUUUUUUUAACUCCGAAAACUUGUAACAGUAAGUGUGGUAGCAUAGAGCGAGCUUAGAAUAAGACUGUACGAUAUUAAUGGUUAUACAAGAAAAAAUUACUCAUAGGUUCAACCAACUUAAUACUUUGUAUAGUUUUAUAUACUUCUUUCUCUAUCUAAAAUAUACAAAUUACGGAAAACAAUAAGUAAAUCGUAGAAUUUAGUACAAUUAGAGUACUAUGUGAUAUAUUGUAAAAUUAUU